AUGAUUUUAGUGUUAAAGGGCAACACACUGCGUGUGAGCGCCGGUCAGAUGUCUCCACAAGUGCCACGACACAGCCUGUACAGCCUGACAGACAGCUCUGAUUGUGGGCCAGAGAAGGAAGAGGAAGAGGAGCCACCCAGACGCCUCACACCUCUGGAGAAGUUAACACUGGAUAUGUGCCACGAUGAAAAUACCAUCAAGGAGCUGACUGUGGGUAGAAGGGUCGGCUUCUACAAAGUCCGUGGUGAGAUCGGGUGUGGGAACUUUUCCAAAGUCAAACUGGCUUUCCAUGCCCUCACCAAAGACAAAGUUGCCAUCAAGGUUCUGGAUAAGUUGAGGCUGGACCUGCAGACCCAGAUAAUGCUGUCCAGAGAGAUCUCCAGCAUGGAGAGCUUGUAUCACCCGAAUGUUGUUCGUCUUUAUGAAGUGGUGGAGACGCCAAGUCGAUUAUACCUGGUUCUGGAGUAUGCUGGAGGAGGAGACCUCCACAGCAGGAUCACCUCUCAAGGAAAAAUCUCUGAUCCAGAGAGCAAGAUUGUGUUUGCCCAAAUCCUAUCUGCUGUAAAGCACAUGCAUGACAACAACAUCAUCCAUCGGGAUUUGAAGGCAGAAAAUGUCCUCUUCUCCUGCAAUGCCUGUGUGAAGGUGGCUGAUUUUGGCUUCAGUACGAGGGUCAGCACUAAUAAUCAGAUGCUGGACACCUUCUGUGGCUCUCCUCCAUAUGCAGCUCCAGAACUGUUCAAGGAUGAGUCCUACAUGGGGCCACCUGUAGACGUGUGGGCUAUGGGUGUUCUCCUCUUCUUCAUGGUGACUGGCACCAUGCCUUUUCGCGCUGACACUGUUCCUAAGCUGCGGCGUUGUGUACUUGAGGGGGCCUACGUUCUGCCUACAUGGGUGUCAGCUCCAUGCCAGCGGCUGAUCCAGGGCAUCCUGAAGCCUGAGCCUUCUGAGCGCUACGCCCUGGACCAGAUGCUGGGUUGUGAAUGGUUGUUGCCUGUGGAGUUUUUCCGUCCUGUUCCACCCGCGUACUGGCCUAACCCCAUGCAUCUGCUGGAGUCUGGUCCAGGAAGGCUGAACCAAGAAGAAGAGGAGGUGCGUGUCGCUCUGCAGGAACUGGGAGUGACUGAAGAACACAUCCUCAACAACCAGAGCAAGAACAGUCGAAGCCCAGUCACAGGUAUUUAUCGCAUCCUACUGCACAGGAUCCAAAGAAGCAAGGGAACUGAGCGCGCCCCUAUGAUAACAGGUGUAGUCAAAGACCCUAAACGGGACAGUCUUCGUGCCUACAGGAAUUUGCGGCACACCUCAAAACUGUGUGUUCUUUCUUAA